ACGAUCUGGCGCUGUCCUUCAGAUCCGAGCAGUCUUUAAAUUGCGUACCGUUUUUUCUAGCAAAAGUCGUCGCAAUUUUUCACUUCAACUCCGCGCGCGUUCUCCCUCUCUCUCAGGUCCUCACGAAGACAUAAACUGAUGACCCUCCGAUUUCCAGAGAAAGAGAAAGAAAAAUCCUUGUAGCGAACACUCACCGAUGAAGGAUCCGCAGGAAGCUUCAUAGAAUGGCGGAGCAGACGAGCGAGGAGGAGAAGAAGAAGAAGAAUGAGCAUGUAGAUCCAGAGCUCUUCAGCUGCUUGCUUCAGCCUGUAACCGCCGAUUCCGAUCCCGUAUACAUCGGCAUUCGUCGUCUCCUUCUUUACCGCAAGGCCGAGUCCGGGGUUUUUCGCCGCCGAGAUUGGAGAUACAAUGGAAAAGGUUAUGCGGCCUACCGUAAUUACAUCAGCAGGCCAAGGAAUUGGGAAAGUUUGCAGUCACCAAGCCUCCAAGGCACUCCAGGAAACAGUGGCCGAUGGGUUCUGCCUCCAAGUCCAUAUUCCCUUUUGUUUGAGGUGGACAGCUGGAGUUCUAGCAGGGACUUGCAAAGUGGCAAUCCAGAUUUAAGCCGCAGAACGAGUUUUAGUUCAAAUGCAAGUGACAAUUAUCGCCCACGUAAACAAGGGGCUGAACUUGCAUAUUCUUUUGUGGGAAUGCAUUGCAUCUUUGAUCAGUGCAAAGCUUCAGUCACGGUUUUGAAGUUUGGGCACAUGAGUUCUGAUCUACUUGCAUAUGGGGCAUCAGAUGGAACCUUGACGGUAUGCACUGUGUCAGGACCACCUUCAGUCAUCAAGGAAUUGAAAGGCCACUCCAAAGAUGUCACAGACUUUGAUUUCUCCUCAAAUAAUCAGUACAUUGCAUCAUCGUCAAUGGAUAAAACUGUGAGAGUAUGGGAGAUAUCAAAAGGCCUGUGCAUUCGAGUGAUAUAUGGAGUUUCUUCACAAUCAUGUAUUCGUUUUCACCCUGUAAACAACAACUUCCUUUCAGUUGGCAAUGCAAACAAAGAAAUCACUGUAAUUAAUUUCAGCACCGGAAGAAUUAUUAAUAAAACAGUCUUUGACAGUGAGGUUACCUCCAUGGACCAUGAUCACACUGGUCAGCUCAUCUUCUGUGGGGACGCACAGGGAUGUAUCUACUCUGUUAGUAUGAACUCUCACACAGGAGCAUUAUCUCGUUCUCAUCGCCACCGAACUACCAGCAGGCACAAAUCCGCAGUCACAACUGUGCAGUACAGAAGUUUCUCCCUGCUUGCACGUGGCCCUGUGCUGCUAUCAUGUAAUCAAGAUGGAAGUUUAUCUUUCUUCAGCGUCGCUUUGGAAAUACAAGGUUACUUGACUCUUCGUUGCUCGCUUAAGUUAACUCCUCGAAUACAUAAAAUUCAAGCUUCCUUCUGUCCUCUGCUUUCCCUUGAAAAGGGGGAGUACAUAGUUGCUGGAAGUGAGGAUUCAAAUGUAUACUUCUAUGAUUUAACUCGGCCGAGGCAUACGUGUGUAAACAAGCUACAGGGUCAUCGUUUUCCGGUUAUGGGUGUUGCUUGGAACCAUGGAGAGAACUUGUUGGCUUCAUCUGAUUUUUAUGGCACAGUGAUUGUAUGGAAGAGAUCAAAGACAAGUUAAAAUAAACGGACACCCAUUAUUAUACAAAGAUAGGAGUUUCAAACACAAAUACUCAAUAGGGCUGAAGCUGAACCUUAGCUUUUUUUACAUUCUUUUAUGAAAUUUUUUGACCAUUUGUUGUUGAUCACUUACCAAGCGUUAUAUUGUAUUGUAAUCUUAAUUGUAUAAGCCUUAUCAGUCAACUGAGUCGACGAUGUAUUCUUCUAUUUGCCCGUUGAUUAUAUAAUCUGAUAGU